AUGCGGCUGUUAGUUACCCGCGCUGCCUUUGCGGCAGUCUUUCUCGCGUGCCUUGCGACGGCCGUUCCACAUGGAGACGACGAGCAUUCGGAUAUGGACAUGGGCAUGAGCAUGGAUAUGAAUUCCGGUGCUGUCGCGACACCGGCGCCAACGGCGCAUCCGAAUAGCGAGGGUCCCAUGAGCUACUUUGCGUAUGGGAAGCACUCGGGCGCCAUUAUGGCGCACAUUGCGCUGAUGAUGCUUGGUUGGUGCAUUGUUCUGCCAGCUGCAAUUAACGGGCUUGCGACAGCUGUUAUGCUUAGCAUUGGACGCUCGCGACUUGCGCUCCCGUCGCAGUUCCUCUUCCUGCUGGUCAAUGCGUUCGGUUUGUUGCUCGGUAUCGUCUACAACAGUCAGACUCCCGAUCUGUACGAGAACAACGCGCACCACAAGAUUGGUUGGAUCGCGACGUGGGUGAUCAGCGCUCAGGUGGUCCUAGCUCUGAUCUUUGCUUAUGCGGGCCGCGGCGAGUCCAAGUCGAACCAUACAUCCUAUGAGCAUGCUUCGUUCUUACCCGUCGCAACAGAGGAGCAUGAACACACGUUCCCGACGGGUCCCAUGCACGAGUACCGCUGGUCCAGAGAUAGCGGCCAAGGUACUGAGCCCAACUCACCUAGCCACAGCCCCGGAUCGCCCUCUUUCGAGUCGCCUUCUGAAUGCGACGGCUUUGAGAAGCCGGAGGAAGACCUUCCAGCACAGCCGGCUGCACCGCGUGGGUGGUUGCACAGCACCUUUGUGGACCGUUUCCUGUCGAAUCGCGUUCCGGGAAUGGUCUCGAGCCGUGUACUGCGCAUCUUCAAUGGGGUGUACAACGUCAUUGAUCGCAUUAUUCUGCCAUUCGGGUUCAUUGCCAUCGCCACCGGUGCUGUGACCUAUGGCGGUAUUAUGCGGAAUCGCGAAAUCUUCAACGGUCUGGCUCACUUCAUCAAGGGUGGCAUCUUCUUCUGGUAUGGUGUUUUGACCCUGGAAGCCCCCGCGUCCGUCGUUGGCUGGAAGUCCAAGGUCCCCUCUGGCGAGUUUGUCGAGUCCUUUGUGAUCUGGUUGUAUGGUGUCACCAAUGUGUUCCUUGAGCACCUUUCCAGUGCAGGCGGGGCCUGGUCUGCGACUGAUCUGGAGCACGCCUCUAUCUCAGUUAUGUUCUUUGGCGGUGGCUUGGCCGGUAUGCUCUUCGAAUCCUCGCGUAUCCGAGAAGCUCUCAACAAUACCAUUCUUCGAUCCCCCGCCCACAACACCCGCGACGAGAACUGGCAGGUUCCCCGUUCGCAGGGUGUGCCUCUUAACCCGAUGCCGGCUCUGAUCAUCCUCUUGCUGGGUAUGAUGAUGGGUUCGCACCACCAGACCAGCAUGACCUCGACCAUGGUGCACAAGCAGUGGGGCAACAUGCUGGUGGGCUUCGCGCUGGCUCGCGGUAUGACUUACAUCCUACUGUUCCUGCGCCCACCCACCUCGUAUCUGCCUGCCCGCCCACCAACCGAGAUUGUUGCGGCAUUCUGUCUGAUGGCGGGUGGACUGAUCUUCAUGCUGAGCACGCGCAACGUGAUCGAGGCGAUGGAAUACUAUGACGUGGAUGCGAUGUUCACCUUUACGGUGGGCAUGGGAUUCACUGCAUUCGUCAUGGCGUUGGAGAUUCUCUUCAUCGCCUUGAAGGCGUGGGCUGUGAAGCGCGAGCAUCGUCCUCAGCUGGGGUAUCGCUUCCCGUGA